UUUUGUUUUUUUUUUAUUAAAUUAUUAUUUUUUAAUUCAACACAUCUAUUACUUGUGUUCGAAGAACGUUACUCUCGUCUUCUACGCCUCGUGACUCUUGCAUCAACUCCAAAGUCUCCGACCAAAAUCGAUAAUUCAAUUCCAUCAUGGUUUGCUUGUUUUGCUUAUUGCCCCUUUUCCUCGUUCCAAUCGUUAACGUAUUGCCAAUUCUCUUCUAUUAUGUCAUGGGAAAAAUAUACGGACUUUUCGGCUGGGAGUAUAGGAAACCAGUGAUGACCCCUCCGGCAUGUCCUUAUAAACCUGCGGCCAAAAGCGACAGUAAAGUCGAAGCAGAAGCUGCACCAGCUCCAGUAGAACAUCAUGUUAAAGCUGGAGGAGUAGAUGUGAAACAGGACUAACAUCACAUCUCAUAUAUAACUGAAGAUGAUUCAAAAUAUAAAUUAUAAAUCGGAAAUGAUCUUAAAAACUGAAUCUUAUAUUACAUGUAUAUAGGAGUAUUGUUAGUUCUGUUUGGAUUGCACUGUUUUCUGAUAUAUUGGAGUAAAAAAUGAAUCCAAUUCAAUAAAAAACGAAUUUUCUAAGUUUUAUAUUA